AUGAAUGGGAUUGUUGCAGGACGUGGAGCACCCCGCGUGACCGCGGCUCUGGCAGGAGAUGGCGAAGGCAGGUUGAUCGCCACCCCGGUGCACAAGGAGAGCAUAGCGUCGAGGAGCAAGGAGGACCUAGCCCAGGAGGCGGCGCUGGUGCUUCAGCAGGCGGGCAGCCUUCACUGCGUUGCCCACGACAACAGGCGAUUGCCAGGUCGAUACAGCACACUACCAGCGCGGCGUAACAAGAAGAGGCCGGAACUGCCGCUCGAUGUGAGACGCAGGAGCGAGGAAUUCGGCGCCACCAGCAGCGCGGACCUCGUGGAGACACCGAGGCUGAAGAAGAAGGCAUUGGAGAGAAGCGCGAGCGAUGCGAGCGCGAAGAAGCUAAGGGGUCCCCUGGCGAGGUUCUUCUCCCCGAAGUUAGAGAGAAAGCGGAAGCCGGUGGGUCGUAGCGCGAGCGACGUCGAGAGCUCGUCGCGAUCGCAUCGGAAGCGGAGCGGAAGCGAGAGCGAGGGAUCGCAUUUGGGGAGUAGCCGGGCGAAGAAGCAAUUGUCGCCUAUAAUCGAGGCGUCGCCGCACGUGGAUCAGCAGCCGUUUCACUUCGGUAAAGUGGAGAACGGGGAGAACGGGGAGAACGGGAACAGGCCGGAGGCGAAGAAGUGGAAGCAGGAGGGCACCGAUGCCGCGAAGGUGAGGGAACUCGCGGAAAGGACGGUGACAACGAGAGAGAAGAGCGAGGUGACAGAGGCAGCGGGUAUCGGGAAGCCACCGAUAUCGCCGAGGAGAGAGAAUAAGGGAACCGUGAGACGCAUACCUGUCGUUCUAGAGGCGGACGAUAAGGAGAGGAAGGGCGAGGGAGAAGAGAGGAAAGAGAAGGCAGGAACCCGGACCCCUUCACCGGCAAAGAACACCGGGAUCGACGAAGUAGACAAGGUCGGUACAAGUAGCAUGCUGCACAGCAGCCGAUACGAUCUUCAGCAACGAACCGGCGAAGAGUCAACGAUACACAAGAUGAUUCACCGAUUAUCCAGCGAUCGGUCGCCACCGCCGCAGCUGACCAAAACGAUGGUCUCGCCUGGCCCUGGAUUCGGUCACAACAACAAUCGACCGUUCUCCUACACCAGACCGAACGAGUCCUGUAGUCCGCCGCCCCCGCAGACCAACGUGAUUUACGCUCAGGUGCAGCCGGACAAGAAGAAGGCGCAGAGGAGCCACUCGGACAGCGACGAGGGCCUCGGUCUCGAGAGGAAGGACUCGUCACGCGAGAACAGCCCCGCGGAGAAGGAGUACCGUAGAACGGACUACUCGUACAGCAGCGACCUGCGACGCAACAACGAGAUCAACGCGUUCAAAUCCAGAUACGAGGAGGACAGGAAUAGCAGGAACGCGGACGUGAAACGGCGUCACGAGUUGGACGACAUCGACAGACGUGUGUACGACAAGCCGGAGAAAUACACGUCCACGGUAUUCGUGGACACGUCCGGCAGAGGCAGAGCAGAUGGCACCGAUGCCAGGCAACGGGACAGCAACGAAUUCUCCGGCAGGCCGAGCCAAGGCGGGAUAUCGAACAAAACGUUCGAGCUGAGCGCCAGACGCGACCUGCUCGAGUCGAGGAUCAAGUCGAAGCUGCAGGCCGACGAGAUGUACGCGGCGAAGAACAGCGCGAACGUGCCGAUCAAGAAAUCCGAGCACGAGAUCAUCGACAAGCCCAUCGUCCCCUCGCCGGUCACUCCUAACCGCGUGGCCUCGCCUAAACGCUACAUGGACACGUACAUCACGGAAACGCGCACCAACAGCAACGGCGAGAAGUAUAUUUUCGAGAAGGAGAUACACGAGGACAACGGUAAGGUGUACGGUUACGAGAAGAAGAUCACCAACAAGAUUCCAUCGGACGGCUAUAUCGACACGAAGCCGAGGGACGGGUACACGGUCGAAACGAGGACGGAUAAGUACGGGGACAAGUAUAUAGUCGAGACGCGAACGCACGAGGGCUACGCGGGCGAUUUCAAGCCGUUCCUCAGCGACAGGAGUAGAACCAGUCCCGAGGACCGGUACCAGGCACCCAGAAACUCGACCAGCCCUUACAAGUCGUCCAACCUGCGUCCCGAGGAGAAUACCGUUACCCGUCACUUCCGGGCCGAGUCCAGGGAGAAUAAUAUCCUCCCAUCGCCCGUACUCGCCAAGAAGUUCACCACGACCGAGAGGAAAUUCUCCAAGAGCGACGAUUUCCUCGACAGAGACGUCCGACCUCGGGACAGUUAUCUACCGAAGAAGAAGAACAACUUCGAAUCGAUCCGCGGUAUGAGCAAGUCCACGCAACGUUUGGACGAGGUGGGCGAGAAUUCGCGAGUCAGGGCGCUCAGAAGCGAGUACACGACCAGGUCGCACGAGAACUUGAGCAGCCACGCCGACUACGUGAACGCCAGGGACGUGCGUAGACCCCUGUUGGACAGUCCGGCUAUGAACGGUCGCAAGGAGAGGUCUCCUUUCGCUAAACGACACCUGGACAGCCUGCGCGAGGGUCCAAACGACGACUACGACACCGAUAUUUCGCAGAUGACCACCAGUCAGCUCGAGUCCAAGUACUACAAAGAGACGCGCACCACUCAACGAUACACCAGCAGCAAGCAUCCUACCCACGAUGAUUACGACAGUUCUCCGCCGAGGAUACGCACCGAUCGUGGGGGGUACAACUCGAGCAGAUACGAUUCCGACACCACGGCCAGGGACUCGAUCCGUUGCGAGACUCGGUUCGACGAGACGUCGCGAACGCUGAGGAAGGAACACCGGAAGCUCGACGAGGACCCCAAGAAGCCCCUGCGUAGGUCGCGCAAUCGACUGGAUUACUUCGACGAUUCCGACGCGAGGGAGAGUCCGCGGGUGAAGACGAUCGUCGGCCGAUUGGAACCCUUCGACGAGAGUCCCACCAGGCCACCCAGGGCCUACCACGAUGGCGGCAAGUCCAGACACACCAGGCAGCAGGAGACCAGGACGCACACGGAGCGCAGACAUCGCGAGACUCGACUGAGCGACUCGGAUCGGAAGGAUCGUCUGGCCGAUUCGGGGAUCGAGAACGAUUACAGGCGCGACUCGCAGGAGGUGGACCGCAGGGAGCAGAUCGAGUCCGAGGACGAGGGUUUCGUCACGAGGCAGUUCAUCAAGCACGAGCGACGGCACACCGAUCGGAACAUGAAUCUCACGCCGUCGGAGCAACGCAAGUACGAUAAAUACACGAACGACAUGACGAAGUCGCCGCCGGUGACCGCGAAGCCGCCGUCAGGCGCGGAUAAGAAGUACGAGAAGAAGGCGGCGAAGAAGAGCGGCACGAUGAGCAAGGUGAAGCAGCUGUUCAGCAAGAAGGAGAAGAAGGCGAAGGAGGAGAAGAACAAGAAGAACGCGAGGAGCAGCAGCAGUGGCGCCCUCACCGACGACGAGGUGACCAUCAGGUACAGGGAGUACAGGGGCGACCAGCUGAGGAGCGCAAAGAGCGCGCGAGACCUGGGCAGCGACAUCAAUCAGGAAGAGUAUAGCCAACGCAGACGCCUAUCCACUCCCAGCGGCAGUCCCAGUCCGCCCAGGCCGACAAGGCUGUCAAGAUCUACGGGUACACUCACUAGAGAAGAGGAAUCCUUUUGCGAGUCAAGCAACACCCUCACCAGAGAGAAUCAGGGACAAGAAGCUGAGAGGAAGGGCUGGUUCAAGUCUCUGUCUAGGAAGAACAAGUCAAACAUUAAAACAGUGGAUAAGAAGCCUAGAAUACCGGAGAGCGAAAUCUUAACCACUGGAACUGAGGACGAGGAAGCCUCUUCCGCGCCCGAACGAGUCUCCGUGCAAAAAAACUUGCGUUUCUUUGGAGACACUGAUCAGGAAUCUAUCUCAUCCAACAGAGAUCGCAGAAACAAACGAGACGACCAUGCCUGUUCUGGGCGUGAUGUUACGAAUUCGAGUCGUCACAAUUUGGGUAUCCUAUCGCCACCCCGAAAACCACCGAGGCUCACUGAAAGUGCGUUAUCUUCCGGUGAAAGUACAACGGGAGAUAGCAGCCAACAAAGUCAAAAUUCUCAAAGAUCACAGAGAUCUGUUAUAUACCUUCAUGCUGCUACAGUGGGCGAAAUACCUGGCCCCAAUGAAAGACGCAGGGCAGCGAGCAGAGAAGAAUUAAAUCGACCACUUCAAUCACACACAAGAACAGUAUCAAGAAGUGUCAGCGUCCUCGCACCUUGGAAGCCCCGACAUUAUAGGGAACCUUUCGAAAUAAAUUAUGAUCAACAACUACAUCCAAAACCAUUGACGACUAUGAGACGUAGACAAAGAAGUCGUGAAACGUUAAGUCGUCGAGGAAAAGAUGCACGAAGAAGCAAAGAUAAUCUCUCAAAAACCGGCACAAUCAAUCGUAGUACGUUGAAAUCGAAAGACAAGCAGAAGGUGGAUAGAACCGUUUCCACGGAAUCGUUGGCCACCAAAUCACGAAGUGUUAAUUCGAAACCAGAACUAAGCAGGUCCACGUCGGUUCCACGCGAUCCGAAUAAAAGUGCGGGAUGGUUCAAACUAAAAAGCAAGAAGUCCCGAGCUUGAAGAGGAGGCCAUUGAUCAAUGCUAGUCUUGAGUUUCAUAAGUAAUUCAUAAUCGUAAGGGAUUAACGACAACACACGCAUCGAUCCACCGCAAUGCUCGUGGAAGAUAUAAUUGUAAACGAGUUAUUAUUUUAUCAUUUUAUUUUGUGUUUCUUUUAAUGUACAAUGAAAUCCGCCUGAGAACGUGAAAAGAUUAAUAAUUAAAUAAGUAAUUCUUAUUAACCGAAUAAAAAAAGUUGACAAGUUUCUUUCCGUUGUUUUAAUAUAUAAUCAUUCUAUCUACAAUUAAUAUAAAUUUAAUUAUGAUGUUGAUUUGUGAACCACAAUUGCGCUUACAGUACUUUUGUAAACGAAUUAUAUGGCUGCAUGCGGAUUCGUAACGAAAUGUAAAAUUAUCUGAAUAUGUACACACGUUGUUAAAACACUACCUUUUAGUUGUUUCAUUGACUGACACACUAUCCUUUUAACGUGAUAAUUAACGAAAUUAAGCUGACAACAGAAGAGGAUCAGUGAAAGAAGUAUGACUGGAAGAUAUAAACUUACACAAAGCAUCAACUUUUACUUUAAUGAAACUUCCAAAAACUAAUUUU